UUUGGUUAGCGGCUUAGUGCUCUGCGCUGGGCUGUUGGAUUUCUGCUUUCUGACUUUCUGUGAAGAUUUUUGACGAUUUAUUGAACCUUUAAGGGUUUUUAUUGUUUUUAAAAUUAUUUGAGGUGGGCUUGUGGUCAGAAGUGCAAAAUUCAGACUCACCUCAUUGUAAUUAAAUCAGAGUUGAUAAUAGCAUCAUUACAAAAGAGUGCUAUCUUCCUCAGAAGCAAACAAUGAAGCCGUUUCUGCUCUGUAUUCUCCUGAUUACUGGAUUGACUACUGCGCUCCGCAGCUCUCUCAACGACUACCAGCGCUCCGAGGGCAGGGAGCUCGUACCCACCGCCUGGAACGCAGCUCGGAUGCAGAUGUUGCCGGGUUUGAACUUGGAGGAGUGCGCAAGCCGCUGCUCGCAAUCCCAGGACUGCAGAGCUUUCAACUAUGAGAUUCGUCCAGUUGGCACCUGUAAACAUCUGCCCUGGGUGGCCGACGGAAGCAACGCAGAAGUAAAGAGAAACGUCAACUGUGAUCUUUACGAGAAGAAAGUUUAUGUAAGGAAGUGCAUUGUAGGUAAAGGGGAAGACUACCGGGGGAAAGUUUUCACCACAAAAAGUGGACUCACCUGCCAGCAGUGGUGGUCAAAGUUUCCUCACGAUCACAGAUGGACUCCUUCGCCUACCAACGGUCUGGAGCUGAACUACUGCAGGAACCCGGAUGGGGAUCGGAUCGGCCCGUGGUGCUACACCACCGACCCGGAGCGGCGCUACGAAAGCUGCAACAUCCCACAGUGCAAAGACGAGGUGUGCAUCACCUGCAAUGGAGAAGACUACCGAGGCCAGGUGGAUCACACUGAGAGCGGCAAAGAGUGCCAGAGAUGGGAUCAGCAAUUCCCUCAUCAACACAUCUACCAGCCUGAAAAGUACCCUGACAAGAGCUUAGAUGAUAAUUACUGCCGUAACCCGGACGCCUCUCCGGUGCCGUGGUGUUACACCACCGACCCGGAAACAGAGAGAGAGAGCUGUGACAUCAGCAAAUGCACUGAAGUCCUGGUGGAGAAGAGGCAGCGCUCCAGCUUCACCACCAACUGCUUCAGAGGCCGGGGCGAAGACUAUCGAGGCAAAGUCAACGAGACGGCGUCGGGCAUCGCCUGUCAGCGGUGGGACGUCCAGGUUCCUCAUCGGCAUCCCUUCAUCCCAAACAUCUAUGAGUGCAAGGGUCUAGAGGAGAACUACUGCCGUAACCCAGACGGUUCUGAGGCUCCCUGGUGUUUUACGUCGGUGCCAGAGAUGAGGACUGUUCUCUGCCUGCAGAUCAAACGCUGCGCUGACGACAUAGAGGCCGAGGACUGCUACAAUGAAAAUGGGAAAAACUACAGAGGCGUCGUCCGCAAAACUCGCAAAGGCAUCACCUGUCAGAAAUGGAACGUGAACACACCUCAUCAGACCAGGAUAAACCCACGGACGCACCCGGAUGCCAACCUGACGGAGAACUAUUGUCGUAACCCAGACGGGGACCAACACGGGCCCUGGUGCUACACCACUGACCCCAAAACUGAGUUUGACUACUGCGCCAUUAAACAGUGUGCUGGAGAGAAAUUGCCACUGACAGAAACAGUAGAGACGGUGGAGUUCAGCGAGUGCGGGAAGAGAGACGACCGUCCCCAGCCGACCAGGUUGCGUAUCGUGAAUGGAAUCCCUGGGAACUCGCCGUGGACUGUGAGCCUCAGAGACAGGAAAGGAAACCACUUCUGUGGAGGAUCUCUGGUGAAUCCCAGAUGGGUGAUCAGCACAAAGCAGUGCUUCUCCUCCUGCUAUGUGGACCUUCCUGGGUACUCCGCCAUGAUGGGAACUCUUUUCCGGGACCCGCAGGAAGGAGAGCCUGGCGUGCAAACCAUUCCUCUCACCAAGAUUGUGUGUGGACCCUCUGAGUCUCAGCUGGUCAUGCUGCAGCUGGAGUAUCCGGCCCAGUUCAACGAGCGCGUCUCUCAGAUUUGCCUCCCUCCUGAGCGCUACAUAGUGCCCGAGCACACAAAGUGUGAAAUAGCCGGAUGGGGUGAGACAAGAGGGACAGGAGAUGAGACUGUCCUCAAUGUUGCACACGUGCCGGUUAUCAGCAACACUGAAUGCAACAGAUACUUCAGAGGUCGCGUUCGAGAAAAUGAGAUGUGCACAAACUCUUUUCAGGCUGGAGUUGGUGCCUGUGAGAAAGACUACGGCGGCCCUCUGGCGUGUCAGAACGCCGACUGCUGGGUGCUGGAGGGCGUGAUCAUCCCCAUGAGGCGCUGUGGACACCCGGGACAGCCCAACAUUUUCAUCCGCGUGUCUGUGUACGUAGACUGGAUCAAGAAGGUCAUGGAGAUGGCUUAGCCGUCUAGGAACUGAGCAAACGCUUCAACAUUCGCAAGAGAUGCACAUUUUUAUUCUGUAAGCGGUUAAAACUUGUGCUAAUCAAACCGUACAAUUGAGGUUUAUGUCCAGGGUUUUAUAGCUAAGAUGCCACAGUGUUAAUGUUUACUGUAAACACAGUGUAAUUUGUUUUUUUUUUUUUUUGUAUCUGCUCUAUGUUCUUUUAUUGCACUUAAACUUGGAGAUAAUUCAUUCUGAAAAUGUUGGUGUUUGCUAACAUUUUUUGCUAUGCUUUACAUUAUGGACUCCUUACGUUUUAAAGGGCCAGUAUUUUCAAGACAUAUAGUGGCAUGUGAUGGCACAUUACUUUCAGCUGUUAUAAAAAUACUGCAUAUAUCAAACACAACGUAAAAGAAAUUUUGCUUCCUAUUUUAAUGCCUUCGAAUUGGGCCUCUGUCUCUUUAAGAAGCUCUUGCUCUUUCUGAAACUCCGCCUUCAGGAAGUCAUCACAACAACGUUCCCCCAUUAACCCUUUAACAACAUUUUUACCAGAGUUUGACUCAGAAGUUGCUCCUAUGAUGAACUGAGCAGAUGCAGAUCCAUCUGGUGUUUGCUAAUUGCUGCUGGCUAGUCUGAAGGAGCUGAGUGCUGCAUCUUGAAACGAGGAGAAGCUGCAAGUACAUAUUGAUCUGUUUUAAGGCAUUCAAUCCCUCCAGCAACAUGUUUACUAACAGAAGUCGCUAUGUGUGUUUUGGAGUAAUUGUAUGACAAAGGGACAGACAAAAGUGUAAGAGGUGAAAUGUUCAAUUUCUAACCACAUUUUAGAGGAGCAGAUGAGGCAUUUCUGACUUUCCAAGUUGGAAAUCCAACUUUUUGGUGCGUCCUCUGGGAUUUUUCAGUCCUUCAGAGUCAAAUUUGUAUAGAAAUGUAUAAUAUGCUAAUGCAUACAUCUCCAUGAUUAAUUUAAGUACAUCUACACUCUGACUCCUGCUCUAAUAAAUAUUCUUCCUGAUAAUAACUACUGUUUUUUAAAGUUAUAUAAUGUAGCCUCAUGCCAAAUAUGAAAAGAUAAUUAACAAAAAAAAGGGUUUGAAACAAGAACAGCACCUUGAACAUGGUAUUGUCUUUUAUUGAGAUUUUGUUUGAUAGACCAACACAAAGCUUCACACUUGGUUUGUACAAUAUUACUGCAAACUAAAAUCUAAAAUGUUUGGCUCAAAACCUUCAAUCAGCUUUCACUGCAAUCACGGCGACAAAUCUUUUCAGGUAUUUUUACCAGCUUGGUAAAUUUAGAGACUGAAAUUUGUCCUCAUGCUUCUUUGCAAAAUGGUUGAAGCUCCGUCAGAUUAAAAAAGAACAAAUUUGUGAAUUUUAGGUUUCGAUUGGGUCUCAGCCACUUUUACACGUCAAUAUGUUUGUAGCUAAACCAUUUAAUUGUUGCUAUAAGAUUAAGAUUUCUGUCUUGCUGGAAGGUGAAGCUAUUAGCAGGUUUUCAUCAAGGAUUUUCUUAUGUUUAUCUCCAUCCAUCCCCAAAGAAAAAUAUCCCCCCAGCAUGAUGCUGCCUCCACCAUAUUUUACUGGAGGGAGGGGAUAUCAGUCGUCCGCCUGCCCCUUGCAAGAACAAGCUGGUAUAGACGAUGGAUGAAUACAUAUCCACACCGAAAAUCAUUUUCUUUACACUUUCAAAUUCCCCAUUACAACAUCCCAGUAAAGUUAAAGAGGUGUGAAUACCAAAUGAGUUGUUUCCCAUCUGGGUGAGAUAAGACGCACCGCAAGAGAAGAGUUUUAAAGAUCCAAACGUUCACCCCCUCCCUGUAAGUACUCCCAUUACUACAAAACUGUACGCCUCCCCCUGUCUCGCCUUGGCAUUGAGUGGGAGCUCCAAAAUACAUUCUUUGCCCCCAGCCUCUAAAAAGAAAUCCCUCCUCUGCCUGUCUUUUGAUGCCUGCCCCCACCUCCAAAGACAUGCCUUUGUGCCUUAUGCAGAACUGUAUGCGCUGCACAUUCUUUCUAGUUCUAUAGGAGGAUUUUUGUAACCCGGUCCUGAUGAGCCCACGGAAUUCAGCUUAAAUAAACCUCAAGAUCAGAGUCCGACCAAAUCUCCGACUGCAGAGGGCCACUGAACUCUCACACGUGGACACGCUACAAAAAAAAAAAAAAAAAAAAAAGCCCCCUGCAGUGUCUUCCUCUUGUUGGUUUUGGCACCAACGUUUUACCUGUGCAUACGACAACUUUGUUUUGUUUUUUUUCUGCACAAGCAGAAACUAAUAGAGGCUUAUUGUGGACGUUGAUGGGUGAUUUCUCUUCACUUUCACUUAGUAAUAUGUAAAGAUGAUGACAGGUCCAGUUCUUAAAUGAGUACAAGUUCUCAGCAGCACUUGCAGAAGCUUCUGGUAACACUGACUGAAAUGCUGAGAAAAACUGCCACAAAAAUAUGCAAAUGUUUUCCUCGUUACUCUGCUUUUUGCUAAAAUAACUUGAGAAGUCCCGUGUAUUAUUAGUGAGUUAAACGCUUUACCGUA